AUGGCUUUCCUACGCCCAAUCGACCUCUUCAAAGGGUGGCCUUCACCAGAGCUGAUCCCAGUCGAUGCUCUCAAGGAAGCCACUGUGAGAGCUUUAUCCAAUAAAGUCGUAUCAGAUGCUGGCUUCGGUUAUGGACCAGACGAAGGAUAUGCGCCGCUCAGAGAAAAUAUUGCGCAGUGGCUGACGCAGUUCUAUGGUCCUCGGGAAACCAUUACUUCCAGUCGAAUUUGUAUCACUGGUGGUGCGAGCCAGAAUUUGGCUAGCAUCCUACAAGUCUUUACCGAUCCUCUUCAGACGAAAAUGAUAUGGCUUGUUGAGCCCACUUAUCACCUGGUAUUUCGGUCUUUUGAAGAUGCGGGAUUCUAUGGGCGGAUGAGAGGUAUCCCAGAGGAUGAGUCGGGAAUGGAUGUGUUCGCUCUCCAGCGAGCUCUGGAAGAGUUUACUCUUUCCGGAGACACGGAUUCUGAUGAAAGCUAUGUUGGAAAACCAGCGAGAUCAUAUCGGAAGAGCUACAAGCACAUCAUCUACUGUGUACCCAGUUUUUCUAAUCCAUCAGGAACAACAAUGACUCGUUCCCGCCGUGAAGCGCUAGUCAGAGUGGCUCGCAGAUUCGACGCUCUGGUCAUAUGUGACGAUGUCUACGACUUCCUUGUCUGGAAUAAGACUUCGAACUCACAGCCAAUAGGCACCUCAUUACAACGUCUAGUCGAUAUAGACCGUAUUCUCGACGACGGUCCACUAGACUCGUUUGGCAACGUGGUUAGCAAUGGAUCAUUCAGCAAGCUUCUCGGUCCUGGAUGUCGGGUUGGAUGGGCUGAAGGUUCUGAAGCUUUUAUCUAUGGACUGUCACAGGCUGGCCAAACAAAAUCUGGAGGUGCACCUUCCCAGCUGAUGUCGACGUUUGUCAACGAUCUCAUGGAGACAAAUACGUUACAGCAGCACAUAUCAACGAAGCUAGUCUCAGAAGGACGUCGGCGAUACUCCCUGAUGGUUUCUAUCAUACGCAAGCGCUUGACACCUCUUGGAGUUACAUUCUCUCCCGAUCCUGAACGAGCAACAUUGAUUGGCGGUUACUACGUUUGGGUGAAGUUACCUGUUCUACUCGACGCGGAUCAAGUCUGCCAAAAAGCUCUUGAAACACAGAAUCUUGAUUUAGGGAAUGGAAGUCUAUUCGCGGUUCCAGGGGGAGGAUCUCGAGAUGCGGAUCUGUAUCGAAGUUUGAGAUUGUGUCUUAUGUGGGAGGACGGCGAGUAUCUUGUCGAGGGGGUCGAUAGACUGGCUAGGGUCAUUGAGGCUUUGUUGAAGAGUGAGGAGAGCCGUCUUUGA